AUGAUAGCUCAACAUCAUGAAGCUCGAUUUUCUGUUCAAACAUAUUUAAUUUGUCUUAGUAUAAUUAUGUUAAUAUCAUUUAUUGCAUUUAUUCUUUUAUGGAAAACUCAAAAAGAAAAAAAAGUUAAAAGUCAAGCUGAACAAAUAAUUAUUGGUGAAAAUACUCAUAGUUCAUUAUUAGCUGUUAAUAAUGAUGAAAUUAUUGUUCAACAUGAUGAUGAUAAUAAACAAGAGAAAUUUACAAGAAAAACAAUUAUUUAUUUAAUAAUUAUACUUUGGACAAGUGUUCUUUUAAUUGGAUGUAUUCCAUCAAUUAAUUCAUAUUCACUUAAUCCAUAUGGAGCUUCAACUUUUCAUUAUGUUAUUAUAUUAUGUCAAUGUUGUUAUCCAUUUGUUUCAUUAAUUGCUUCACUUUCUCCAAAAUUAUUUAAUGUAUCAACUAUCGGAAUUAUUAUUUCAACAAUUUCGGGAACUUUGGCUUUUUUUUAUAUAUUUCUAACAGCCUAUUUAUCACCAUGUUCACCAUAUGUUGAUGAAUGGAUAGGAAAAUAUAUAAUUGCAAUUUUAUGGGCACUUGUUUAUUUAAUAUUUUACUAUGAACGAAUUGUUCUUGGAAAUUAUUUUAAUAAAACAUCAGGUCAUCGAGGUCUUUUUUGGUAUGGACUUUUAACACAAGCUGGAGCUUUUAUUGGAGCUCUUUUCAUAUUUAUCUUAACAUCUUUUGAUGUAUUUAAAGAACGAGAUUUAUGUACUAAUUAUAAUUGUCAUUGA